AUGAGUGGGCGCGACAACGGCUCUAUGCCACCAGACACACCUUCCGAGCCAGGUUUUCAGAGACCCAACAAGCGUCCUCGAGUUGCGGUUGCAUGUCUGAGAUGCAAAACAAGACGGCAAAAGUGCGACAACAAAUUACCGGCCUGUUCGAAUUGCGCUAGAGCGAAAUUGACCUGUGUCUUCCCUGAAAAUGAAUAUCCGGCAUCCUACGUCAAGGAACUACAAAGUCGGGUGGCAUGGCUGGAGGCACAGCUGGGCUCCUUGCGGCCGAGCCAACCAGGCGAGCAUAUCUCCAUCAGCGACAACAAUGACGCAGCACCAAGCUCAGACGAGCGAAUGGCUUCCCAAGCCAGUACUCCAAACUUGGCCAGCAGUGUCGGAUUGUUGUCUCUACAGGCAGCGGCCGAACCUCAUUACUUCGGCGUCUCGUCUGGAGUGUCUUUAGCCUUGAUGAUUGAGUCGGCCGUCUACGAGAAAUCACGACCCCUUUCCAGUUUGAGUUUGCCUGCAGAGCCCGUCACAAGUCCAUUCGCGAGCAAUAGCCAGAGCGGUCCCCCAAUAGGCACAGCACCUUUACCGCCGUUGGAGAAGGCAACACCUUUCCUGAUCGCCUACUUGUCUUAUAUUCACCCGAAUUUCCCAUUUCUUUCCAAAGAACAACUGUGGAAGACUCAUCAUAAUCGCCGUGAGUUGGAGGACUAUAAUUCUAAUGAAGCUCGUCAUGACCAUGUGGUAUUGCUGUUGGUGUAUGCAAUAGGGUCUCGUUGUUUAAAAUUGGUAGGAUCAGAGCACGUUGCGGAAUCAGAGCCGGAAAGCCUUUAUCAUUCAGCCAUGGCAAAGAUACAAGACCAACUUAACGUUCCAAGUGUCCAGAAUAUCCAGGUCAUCCUACUAGUGGCCAUCUAUGCAUUGCGUUCCCCAUCAGGGUCUAGCAUAUGGCACUUGUGCGGUUUGAUGAUCAGGCAAUGUGUCGAACUAGGACUCCACCGGCAACUACGAAAAGAUAUUAGCACAGCAACCUCUGACGAAUUCAAACGGAGACUCUUCUAUAGCAUCUACCACCUCGAGCGCAGAAUCGUCCUAGUUCUGGGCAGGCCGUUGACCAUAGCUGAUGAUGAAAUCGACACCCCGUUACCUAGUGAGAUCGAGGACGACCAUUUCCAAGACCCCUCCGAGCUUCCAGAGAGCGGCCGCGAAAACACGGCGUGGAACGAAAACAGUCGGCCACGAGGCCCUCCUACAGGCCCGAGAACUGACAUUAUAUUCCACGUCCACAACAUCCGCUUAGAUCAGAUCAACGCGAAAAGUCGUCUUGUGCUCUCACGUCUCGCCAAGGCAGAACGUGGGACAAAGUUCGAGCAAAAGAUUGCAAAGCGAUUCCAAGAACUUGAGGACUGGAAAACGGGCAUCUUUGGACACUCUGGAGUUGAUGAACCCCCAGAUCUGAUGUUUUCCACGGUGAGGACGCCUGUUCAAACACCAGUGUCGCGGCUUGCCAUGCCAGAAGCACAGCGCCUGACGCUACUACUCAAUUAUCACCGAGCUCGCCGUCUGCUUCUUCAGACCAUUCUCACCGAAGUCCAGCUGUUCAACCAGCCAUUCCCGUUUGCUUCCUUUGCCAAGUCAUCCGGUGAAGUCUGCCAGCUUAAUCGACGACUUCACCGCAUACGGUCUGUGCCCUUCACGCUGCUGGAUCUGCACUCAGUCUUUGUAGCCGGCUUCACUCUAAUCUUUUGCGCGUGGUCUGACCCGAGCCUCUACGACGCUGAAAUGGCGGCGGACUUGGGUGCUUGCUCAACUGUGCUAUAUUUGAUUGCCGAACAAUGGGGGGAAGGGGCGAAGAAAUACCGUGAUGCCUUUGAGCUGGUUGCGGGCAAGACGGCAGAGUAUGUCCUCCGCCCAAAGCGCUCACAUGCCAGCAGUCAACAACAGACGGGAUCUGUUGGCAUCCAUGCCACAUCUCACUCGGGAUCAUCGGGUGACACGGGCCUAAGCGGUGUGAUGCCACCACCGACCUCUUCUGAUGCUAUGGAGCAAUCCAGUAGUGAUUCUUGGACAAAAGAUGGCUUCGACGUCUGGCAGAUGAUGACUGAGUUUGUACAGACCCAGGACAGUGAUUUCGAGUGCGACCCGGUCAAUUUUAGAGAGAUCGAAACCUUUCUGACGGAAGAAGGUUUGGGUUGGUUCAAUGGAGGCACGGGCACGGGCUUCUGA